GUGGAUAGAGUUUGCUUUUGUAUUCUUUCCGGUUACUGCUGAUAGUGAAUUGCAUUCUUUUGUGAUGCGUUUUGCUUGUAAUGUUGGAAUUGUGUCGAAGAAUUAUUAUACAAUAAUAUUUAAUCUUUAGUAAGAUAGUUCUAUAUCAACGAUUGUUUUGAAUAAUUUGCUAACUUUUUCCUAUCUACAAAUACGUUUUACAAUGACGGAUGUUAGAACUCUGAAAGAAGCUAUAAUCCAAUAUGAAUUUCAGCUAUCCCAAAUUGUAUCUGCGUUAUCUAUGGAAACGGAGGAAAGUGAUAAAAAUGAUUUGUUAAAUUUAAAAUCAAAUCUUCAAGAAUUAAUUGAUUUGACCAAGGAAAAUUUAGAAAAACUCGAAGGAAUUGGAAGAGCUGAAAGUCCAGAUAUAAUUGAAAUUUCUAACGGCAAAGAAAAUGAUAAAACUGAUCCACUAGCGAAUGAAUAUGCCUUAUUUAAGGCAGAGAUAGAAGAUUGCUCAAACAAUUCAAAGAACAUUGAGCAAAGUAGCGAUGCUGCAGAUGCUUGGAAUGAUAUAGAAGAUGAAUUGAAGCAACUUGAGGGAAUGAAAUGUAGAGCUCGCCUCAAUAGCAGUUGGGAUAAUAGUGGUUACCACAAUGCUAUGAUAUGUUCAGUUGAUAGAAGUACUAAUCCAUCGUUGAAAUCUAUGCAUGAAAUUAAGGUCAGAGUGCUCUUUAUUAAUCCAACAUAUAAAGAAAUGCUUCCAUGUCCAUAUUUCUUUGAUGGAAAUUGUAAGUUCUCUGACGAUCAAUGUCAUUUUUCACAUGGAGAAAUAGUAUCAUUUUCCAAUCUGCAGGAAUAUAAAGAACCUAAGUACGAAAAUAUUAAGACAGGCAAUAGAGUACUAGUAAAACAAAACAAUAAUCUAUGGUAUAGAUCAGUUGUAAUAAAAUUGCCUGAUGAAAUUGAAGAAGUUUUUCGUGUAAAACUUGAAGCAAAAGGUGAUAUUGCAGAAGUAGCUUUACAAGAUCUUGUACCUCUUGACUCUACAGAUUCAGAAAUAUCUGAUGCAUCUGAUGACAGUGAAACUGAUAACAAUGAGAAAGAUUAUACUACAGAAAAGUUAAUAGACAAAUCUCUAUUAACAUCACCAUCUACUCUGGGACAUUGGGAAAAACAUACACGUGGUAUAGGUAGUAAAUUAAUGGAAAAAAUGGGUUAUGUAAGAGGUACAGGUUUAGGGAAAAGAGCAGAUGGAAGAAUAGAACCUAUUGAACCUGUAAUAUUACCAGCUGGUAGAUCUUUAGAUCAUUGUAUGGAGUUACGUGAAAUAGCUGGUAAUGACAAAAAUCUAUUUUCUGCAGAAUUUAAAAUGCGUAAAAAGCAACAAAAGUUAGAACAACAAAGGCAGAGAGAAUAUGAAAGAGAAAAGAAAAACGAACGAAAUAAUAUAUUCAAUUUCUUAAAUACGACACUAAAUGCAACAUUAGUUGAAAAUAAAAAUAAAGAUGUUGCCAGUACAUCAAAGUCUAAAUGUAAUGUGAAAGCAGAGUCAAACUGGAAUUUAAAUGUGGCAAACUUUCAAAUAGGUGAAGGUAUCAGCCGACUAGAAAGAGAAUCAUUGAAACUUAAAAAUUCAAUGACAAGACAUUCAAAAGAUAGCGCGCCUUACAAAAAUAUUCUAGCACAGUACAAUCAGAAACAAAAGGAACUUACUGAGUUACGUACUUGUGAAAAAAAUAUUAUAGCUGAACAAACUCAAAGAAAAAACAAAGCAAAAUUGUCUAUAUUUUAAAGUAGAUAAUAAAAAAAAAAAAAUGCGUAUGUUUGAUACCAACCCAAACUAAAUAGAUUAAAAAAUCUUGUACAAAAUAUCUUGGCAUAUACAAAAAAUUUUGUACGAUAUAUAUAUAUAUAUACACACACACACACACAUGUAUGCAUAUAUAUAAUGUAUAAGUAAUCAUUAAAAGAAUGUAACUUCUAUUAAAAUGACUACUAUUUCAAAUGUUGCUUUAUGUAUAUAUUAAUCGUAAUGAAAUACAUUUCUCAUUUUUCUUUCA